AUGAUUGAAAAAAUUGCUAUAGCUUUGUGUAUCACAAUAGUCACAUCCAUAACACUAAAUCUUAAUGAGAUCUGUCAAUGUUCUCAACUCAUUCAAGAAUAUGAUUGUAUUAACUCUUCUAUGGAAUGCAGUUGGAAUUUCUAAUCUAAAGAAUGUUAAGAUAUUCCUUGUUCAGAAAUAUUAUUUUCCAGCUUUUGCAUAUAAUAAUCAUAGAGAUGUUAUUGGGCUAAUGGUCAAUGUCAAAACUUUACCAAUUGCUAGAGCCUUUUAGGAUCAACUUAAUCUAUUUGUAUUAAUUAAAACAUUUAUUGUCCUGCUUCAAAUGGCACCAAUUGUUAAUCUGUAGAUUAUCUCUAAACUUGUGCAUCUAUUACUACAUCUAAUAAUUGUAACUAUUAUUUUUCUGCUGCAGGAGUAUGUAUGUGGAAUGGGCAAAGUUGUGUUUAAGCUACGUCUUGUUCUUAAUUUUAGGGUAAUUCUACUACAUCUUGUAAUUUUAGUGGAUGUUAAUUGAAUUACUAAACAAAACAAUGUCAACCAAAACUCUGCUCUCAAUUAAAUGGUGAAAUUUAGUGCUCAUAAGGAAUAUUAACAUUUGGACCUUAUUUAAACAAUAUUAUUGGAUGUUAUUGGAAUUAUGAAUCAUAUACAUGUGAAGAAUUUUAUCCAUCAUAAAUGAAUUAUAUGAAUUGUUAUGGUUCUAGUGCAGGAACCUAUCAUUGGAAUAGUAAAAAAGAAAAAAAGGGAGACUGUGUUUCUUGCUAUUAAUAAUUUUUGAUUCUAUCGAUUAUUAUAACAAUGUUAUUUUGA